UUUCCUCAGAGGCAGAGCUUCACAGAGCUGCAGUCUGUCUGCCAUGGCCUGUCUGAUGGCCGCCUGGUCUGUGCACAAUCCCACUGUGACCAACUCCAUCAUCAUGAACACCAACGGGCCCCCCGACCUGAUGCUGGACCCCCGGACGGUGUGCGUCUGUUUGGAAGAGGGGAUGAACAAGCAUCCGGGGGGAACCCAGCAGACACCGCUGCUGCAGAAACACCAGAAGAAGCUGGACGGACCCCUGAAGAAGGUGGACAACACCCUGACGGAGGCCCAGAGGUUCUCCUCGUUACCACGGAGACCAGCCGUCAACAUAGAGUUCAAAGAUGUCUCUUACUCGAUCAGAGAGGGACCCUGGUGGAGGAAAAAAGGUUACAAAACUCUGCUCAAAGCCAUCUCUGGGAAAUUCACCAGCGGGGACCUGGUGGCCAUCAUGGGGCCCUCAGGAGCCGGGAAGUCCACGCUCAUGAAUAUCCUGGCAGGAUACAGGGAGACGGGGAUGAAGGGUGAGAUCCUGAUCAACGGUCAACCCAGAGACCUGCGCUCUUUCCGGAAGGUUUCCUGCUACAUCAUGCAGGACGACAUGCUGCUGCCGCACCUCACCGUGCAGGAGGCCAUGAUGGUUUCAGCCAACCUGAAGCUGCAGGAGAAGGUGGAGGCUCGGAGGGAGAUGGUCCAGGAGAUCCUGACAGCUCUGGGUCUACUAGACUGUGCUAAAACCAGAACCUCCCACCUGUCUGGAGGCCAGAGGAAGAGGCUGGCCAUCGCCCUGGAGCUUGUCAACAAUCCUCCGGUGAUGUUCUUUGACGAACCCACCAGUGGUUUGGACAGUUCGUCUUGUUUCCAAGUCGUCUCUCUUCUCAAAGCUCUGGCUCGAGGAGGACGGACGGUCAUCUGCACCAUCCACCAACCCAGCGCCAAACUCUUUGAGCUGUUUGACAAGCUCUAUGUGCUGAGUCAGGGUCAGUGCAUCUACAGGGGGAAGGUGUCCAGUCUGGUUCCAUACCUGCAGGAACUCGGACUGAACUGUCCGACCUACCACAACCCGGCUGACUUCAUCAUGGAGGUGGCGUCCGGGGAGUACGGGGACCAGAUGGUGAGACUGGUGAAGGCGGUUCAGGACAGGAAGUCUGAGGAAGAGCAUCAGACGGAGCUGAACGGAGACGCCAACCUGCAUCCGCUCCUCUGGCAGGAGGAGAGCUCUUCGUCUGAAGGUUGCCACAGCUUCUCAGCCAGCUGCAAGACUCAGUUCUGCAUCCUGUUCAGGCGGACGUUCCUCAGCAUCCUCCGCGACUCGGUGCUGACCCACCUCAGGAUCUCCUCUCACAUCGGGAUUGGAGUUCUGAUCGGCCUCCUGUACCUGGGCAUUGGCAACGAAGCCAAGAAGGUUCUGAGCAACUCGGGCUUCCUCUUCUUCUCCAUGCUGUUCCUCAUGUUCGCUGCUCUCAUGCCCACAGUGCUCACCUUUCCUCUGGAGUUGGGCGUUUUCCUGAGGGAACACCUGAACUACUGGUACAGUUUGAAGGCGUACUACCUGGCGAAGACCAUGGCCGACCUCCCCUUCCAGGUGGUCUUCCCGGUGGUCUACUGCAGCAUCGUUUACUGGAUGACGGCUCAGCCUCCGGACGCCGGCCGGUUCUUCCUCUUCCUGUCUCUGGGGGUCCUUACGUCUCUGGUGGCUCAGAGUCUGGGUCUGCUGAUCGGCGCCGCCUCCACCUCCCUGCAGGUGGCGACGUUUGUGGGACCCGUCACGGCGAUCCCGGUCCUGUUGUUCUCUGGGUUCUUCGUCAGCUUUGACACCAUCCCCUGGUACCUGCAGUGGAUGUCCUACAUCUCCUACGUCAGGUACGGCUUUGAGGGUGCCAUCUUGUCCAUCUACGGAAUGGACCGACCGGAUCUUCACUGCGACGAAGACAACGCUUGUCACUUCCAGAAGUCCGAGGCCAUCCUGAAGGAGCUGGACAUGCUGGACGCCAAACUCUACCUGGACUUCAUCGUCCUCGCCAUCUUCUUCUUCUCUCUGCGGGUCAUCGCCUACUUCGUCCUGCGCUACAAGAUCAGCUCUGAGAGGUAGACCGGAACCAGAAACAGGAGGGGACUGGACCCGACCUGUUGGCCUGCAUUUGGACUCCGCUGAGGAGACGCUGGUCCGGUUUGGGUUCUGCAGGGACCGGAGCGGGUCUCCUGGUUUCUGAAGGUGUUACUGUGCCACAGCCUGGACUUUUCAGAAUAAAAGCCUCUCUGAACUGAGACUGUGAUCUGGAGAGUUUCUCUGAGAUGUUAGUGAAUUAUGGGUAAGUCUGUGACCAGGGACGUGUGGACUCGCGCUGUCUCAGAAAUAAACGUGUCUCACGUCCAGAGUCUUCCAUCUUUUUUCUCCAUGAAGUUUUGCUCUGCUGGGUGUGGAGUUUGCUGAGAAUCAGCAUCUUUUCACUGGUUUGGGUUGAAAUUUGUCCUCAAUUCAAGGCGCCACACAAAUCUACUGAAGGGGCUGCAAAUACCUGUUCAGAUCUUUAAUAACUCCAUGUAUCCAUGGCUGCUUGUUAAAUCCAGAUUAAAGGUUAAUAAAUAUAUUUUUAGGAUAUAAAAUACAGCUAUAGCUUUUGUAAAGAUUUAAUUUAAAUUCUUCUGAAUCAUCAUCGUGACGCCAAACCUAUUUGGAAUGAAUCAAGCUAAGCUGCAGUAUGUUCCUUUGACCAGCAGGUGGAGAUGUUUGCCUUCAGAAGAUAAAACUGACAUGAUGGGUGAUUUUCCGCCCCCUGGUGGCUGACCGCCGUCAGCGCAUGUCCGUGUAUGUUAAUCAAUGGAAGCUCAUCAGUUAAUCUGUUAUUCUCUUCUAUCCCCUCACUUUCUGCUCCAUGCUUUAGUUUUUACAUUUUCCUCCUUCGAACAAGUUCUAAAUUACGUUCCUGUAAAUAACAAUUAUAUAUCCGAUAAUUUGAUUAAAACUGAAUAUGUACAUAUCAUAUAAAUACAUUUUCUUCUCAG